AUGGUCUGCACGACCUGCUUCCUCUUCGCCAGAGUCCCGAAGAUGGCCUGGGAAGGCCUCGGGGUCGAGCGCAAAGGCGCCUGCCACCAGCGCCGAGGGUCGCGGGCGCAGGCGCGCAACGACAUCGGCAAGGGGUUGGCGCCGAACACCAAACCGAAGCUUUUCUUCGGCGCUCUGGUUGGGCCGCCCCCCGAGGCGCGGAGCCGCUGGGCCGUGCAGCUCGGGGUCGACCCGAGCGGCCAGGCGCGCAGGCCUGCGCCUGAGGCUUGCGCAGGCAGCGAGGCUGGGGCCGAUGUGCAGCGCUCCAGCAGGCGCCAGCGUGGCAAGGCGCCGCCCGCGGGUGAGUGA